AUGGAAGAAGAGUUCGUCUGCUUGCCAGCACCGACUGGAAAGAAGCGGAUCCCAGUAAAAUGUGAUGGGGAAAAACCGUGCUCAAGAUGCCACAAAAUGAAGAAACAUUGUGUUUUCUUCGUCAUCCCUAAGGAUCCAGCAAUAGAACGCCUUGAAAAUGUCGAGAGCGAGGUCCACAGGCUGAGAGAACAGGUGGACGAGAUCAGCUCUCUGCUCCGGCAGUCGGUUUCGACUUCCCAGGUCCUUCAGGAACUUUCUCAGUCGUCUCAUGGGAGACCCGAGAGUCAGCAGGUGUUAGAUUCAAUGGCAAUCACGGGAUGUGAAGCAGCGAAGGCCAGUCCGGUCCACUCACACACUCAUUCCCAUCUGACUGGUGAAAUCCCCGUGGCUUCCCUGCUGCAAUCACCGUCUGGGAAGAAGAGGAAACGAUCCGGAUUCGAGGUCCAGAAUGAACCGGUGGCGGAUUUCAUCAGCAAGGGUUUGAUUACAAUCGAGAACGCACGAUCGUUUUUCAAGACAUUUUUCGAAGGAUGCGAUAGAUCCAUUCCCAUAUUCGACCCGGUCUACGAUACCUUUGAAUCUGUCCGGGCGAGGAGCAGCAUUCUCUUGAAUGCCAUCUGCACCAUUGGCUGUCGAGUAGAAGCCAUAUUAGGGACUAGCUCAAUGUCUGACCUUCUUCACGCCGAGCUUAAGAAAUGGAUCAACGUGAUCAUCCAGAAUGAGCGAUUGAGCUGCCUCGAAUCGGUCCAAGCCCUGCUGGUCGUCGCCUGCUACUCAGCCGAACGGUCGUUGAUCCUCUCCUUCGCUACGCGGAUGGCACUCGACCUGAGACUUGAAGAGGCUUAUGAAGAACUCACGCAACGACUUGCCCUCAGAGAGGAGGGGGGAUUUUUCGAUGUCGAGCAGCUUCUCAUGCGGAAAUCGAGGACGUGGUUUGGUCUCGUCGUGUUGGAACAUAUAUUACGCGUGGAUGGAGGCAAGCCUCCCGGUAUCCGAUUACUGGGACAUGCGCGACGGUGUCGUCUCUUGCUCGGACACCCGUCCUCGACUGUUUUGGACUUGCGCUUGCUAUCUCAGGUGGAGUUGAAUGUCUUACGAGCCACGAUAAACGAUACGCUGGCCACUCCUACAGACCUCGACAAGGAAGAUAUUGUCGAGUUUGUCCACGGCACCAAGGCCGAUCUAGAUGUCUGGUUUGAUGACUGGUUACGCAUUAUCGCGAACUCUUCUAUAGACGAGCAACCGUACCUUGAUGUCGCGGUGCGGGUGCAAAAAUGCUGGGCCGAGAUGAUGAUGUACUGCAAAGCUCUUCGGGCCAUGGGGGUGGAGAAUGUUGCGACAAUGUCUGCAAUUGAGCGGAAUAUCCUCUUCCUCGCCAAAGUCUCGGCGCGAAACCAUCUACGCCUGAUCACCGAGACUCCGCACCUAUAUCUCGCUCAGCUCAAGUAUGCGAUGGACUUUGUCUGGGCGAAAUGCGCGUUUUGCUUCUUACUCCUUUUGAAGCUGUCCCGUCUGUUACCGGAGGGGGAGGACGAGAACGACCAGCUUCUCGCGGAGGGGAACAGGCUCGUAGAUGAACUGACCAGGGUGGGCAAUACCCCCAGCACCAGUACCAGUAACGGUACUACAAGCGCUGGUGGUGAGAACAUGUAUCUCCAGAUCUUGCGGGUGAGUAUAGAAAAGUACGGCCGCGCCCUGCGCGACGCACCCCCGGAUCCUACCGGCCCAACGACCGCGCCCUUCUGGGACCUGUUCGAUGCGCAGGCAGAUCUGCAGUCUUUCGUUCCGGAGCAGUUUGUCUCCGAGUGGGAUUUCCCGGGGCUGAAUCUCUUCUACUUCCCGACGGGGUGGCAGGAUUUCUUUGGCGAAUUUUCCUUACGAUUUGACUAG